UCCACAUUUGUCAACACUGGUCAAAAUGAAUACACCGAAUUUCCAGGGCUUCUGCACACCCAAACGCCGGCCCGUGACGCCUGGCCGGCGCGACAACCCGCUGCCUGUCUUCAACAGCCCGGCUUCAGUACAAAUCGGGCGCAUGCUCACUACCCCGCAUGCAAGCAGCAUACGGCCACUCGAGUACGGAACGCCCAACCCGGUACUGGAGGACAUGGCAGCGACAGUGUCCAGUGCGGUGGCAACAACCAGCGAAGAGUACGAGGCGCCACGGGUCUGGUUCCAGCGCGACAAGGACCGCAAGCAGAAUGACGAGUUUACCAGACGCGUAGACGAAAUGGUGCAGGAGCUGAAGCGGCUGGUAAGAGAGCGCAAGGCCGAGCACGAGCGCCAGAGGGUGGACGCGGCAGAGCGCGAGGCCCGGAUGCAGGCGGACAUGCAGGCGUUGGAAAAGGAGGACAGCAAGAUCCUGAGCGCGCUGAAGACCGAGAUUAGUGCUGAGAACGAGCUGUCCAAGGCCAUCAGUGGCCUGCAGAUUAAGCAGCGGCAGGCAGGAGACAGGGUUGGCGAGCUGACGAAGCGCAAGGAAAGGCUGGAGGCUGAGAUCAGGCGCCGCCAGGACGCCAUUGACGAGAAAGCGCAGAUUAUUAGUGACCAGGUUGAUACGCUGACGGCAGUCUUCACGCAGAUCUCCAUGUCUGACCCGCAGCGCGAGUUCACCAUCACAGUCGACUUGUCACAGCGCGAGUACAAGGUCACAGAGUACAAGCCGGCUAUUGCCAAUGUGCAGACCCAUGUCGACUGGCUUAACGCAACCAGGGACUUCUUCGGCUUCUUGAAGCGCAUCCGCCACCAGUUCGCCGACCAUUACAACCAGACGCUCUAGCAGUGAUGUCACAUCCCACCCGCUAUGUAAAGCUUAUAUGGCGCCAGUUUGUCUUGGCAAAUAAUUUCUGUGGAUUGUCUCGCCUACUUCAGCUUCAUAAACACUAAAUAGUACGCAUGCACAAU